CGGAGGCUUGCGGAGACCAAGUGCAGCUAACGGGCGGCGGAAUGGAAGUUCUACCGCACCCGCUGUGCUCUGGAUCUACCCCAGCUCACCCGCCCCAGCCCCGCUCGUCUCCGACGCACAUCGGCGUCUUCCGCGUCGAAGUUCUAGGAAGCUCCGGCUUCUAUGUGGCCGCGCUGCUGCUGAAUGUUUGUAAAGAGGAGGCGGCGAGGUGCCCGGAACUGCCCCAAGCAGGGCUGGGCCUGGCGGGCAGCUGCAGCGGGAAGAGCAGGCGGCGUGGCCGGCGCGGGUUGGCGCGCGGAAGCCGUGCGCCCUGGGGUCCUCAGCCAUGCGGGACGCACUUGGACCCGGACGCCCAGUGCUCCCGGCCGCCGGCGACCGGCGGGGUCGGGAAGGGAAGAGGUUGGAGAAGGAGGGCGCUCGCGUAUCCGCCGGGCCGGAGCCUGGGGCUGCAGCCCCGGGGCGGGGAGUGGGGCGGGGCUGGGAAAGUUGAGUGUUAGUCGCGGAGGGCUGGGCUCCGCGUGGGAGCGCCUGCGGCCAGGGACCGUAAAAGGCUGGAGCGGGUUGGGUAGGUGUGGCUCUGCCUGCGUGACCCGAGCCCGGGCCUCGAUCGCCGUCGUCUCCCGCAGCUGCGGCCUCUCAGCCAUGGGCGCCGUCUGGUCUGCCCUGCUGGUCGGAGGGGGUCUGGCCGGAGCGCUUUUCGUUUGGCUGCUGCGGGACACGGGAAAGGAGGGGGACGCGGAGCAGCGGAAGGACGCUCCUUCAGGGGAGGCGGCGGCUCCGGGAGGCGAUCAGGGUGGCGGCGGCGGACUGAGCCCUGGACCUUCUAGGCGGGAGCCGGUCACCAAACCAGAGCAUCCUCAAGAAAGCAAUGGCUGUUUGGUUUCUGAGACCAAAGGCCCUGGUGACCUGCAGGAAGCAGCACGGAGACAGCAGGGUCCUUCUGGAGAAGGUGGUAACUGUGAUAGCUCAAGAGCGCAUGUUCCUUCUGGAAAGUUUCCAGACACAGGAUCUCUAGCUACCUCUGAGUCUAGUCACGCUGGAAGUUAUUCUGACGUUUCAAGCACUGAAAGCCUUGGAUCUCCUGUAGGAGCAUGGAGAUUCCAGAAGGGCCAAGAGACGCCCACUAAAGCAGCUCCAUGUCUGGCAGAGAAGUCGCCGUCUGGCAAUCUGCUCCUGGACAGAGGGAAGGAAGUGAGCCUCGCACAGUCGGACAGUCAGGCCCGGGCUGACCAUGAGGACUGGGAGAUGGUGGCCCGGCACUCAUCUUGGGGAGAUGUUGGUUUGGGUGGCAGUCUGGAGGCUCCGGUGUUAAGCUCUAAUCAGGGAAAGGACUAUGGCAGACGCACUCUCGUGGAAGCAAGAGCUCAGGAAGUGGAUGUGAAAAGAAAAAAGGUAGCAGGGGUGUCUUGGGAGUCCCGGAAAGUUAGCAUCCGGUUCCAGGUCCAUUAUAUCACAGGUGCUGGUAUGCAAUUCAUUGCAGUAACUGGAGACCAUGAGAGCCUUGGGAGAUGGAAAGCAUACAUCCCACUCCAGUGUAGCCAGGAUGGGCUCUGGUCUCGAUCGGUGCCCCUGCCGGCAGACACAGGGGUGGAAUGGAAGUUUGUGGUGGUGGAGAAUGGGGAAGUUACCCGUUGGGAAGAGUGCAGCAAUAGAUUCUUAGAGACCGGUCACGAAGAUCAAGUGGUUCACAAGUGGUGGGGGAUUCACUGAUUCAGUCUGCAAAGUCUGAAAGAGGCUGUUGCAGAAUAUGAAAGAGGCCGAGGGUGGGAAGCAUCCUGAAUAAUUUAAAAUAAGUGUACCUUCAAAUCUAGCCAUCAGAGUUGUUUCAGAUUUGCUGUGGCUUUGGUCUAAUGUGUAGAUAAUGCUUCCAGGGAGCAUGGACUUCUUUUCCUGUGGCCCCGAUGGAUGGAUUUAUCCUGAGCCAUCCGUUACUUUGGGGCCUGAUGGUCUUCAGGGGGGCUUGGCUGCACUUCAGAGGUGCGCUGGUCAGGGAGCCCAGGAACUAACCAUCUGCACAGGGCUCAGGCUUGUGCCUUUGGGUGAUCCUUAAACCAGGGGAAUAAGACAAGCCAGGUUCAAAAAGAGCUGAUUUCCUAUUGGUCCAGCAGGAGAAGUGCUCUCUUAACUAUAUACACACUUUAUAUUUCAAAAUGGUUAAUACCAUGUGGAACUAUGAUUAGAAAAUCUUUGGUCACUAGAUGUGGUUAGCAAGGAUAUGCGGGAACGCAUCAAGCCUUCUGUUUUUUGUUUGGUUUUGCCUGCCAUGUAUAGUCGGAAGUUAGCAAGUAUGUUUUUGUCUCAACGACCAGAGGCUGGUGCAGACCUAAGGGGCCUAAGCAGAGUCUGCCCCCCGGAGCAGCCCAAGAGGGAGGGGAUCAGGUGUGGGCUGAGCAGGGUGGCCUGAGUGAUUCCUCUUAGAGGACUGGGAGGUGCAGGCCCGGCCCCACGGCCUCUCCCCACUGUCCUGCCUCUCAGACCGGAUCUGGGCUGAUGCGUGGACUGUCCCACAGCAACUGUUUUACCUUCUUCCUUCUCCCUUCCUGCCAGCAGCAUCCCAGGUAACAAAAUUGUAACAGAACAGUGAUACAGAAGUACAUCUAUGCUUUGGGAAGAAAUAAACAUUUAAACUUUCCAUUAUAACUGAAAAAAAUAAUAAAAACUGAGUUUUAAUAUCCUUAUUAAAUGUCUAAUUAUUUGUACAAAUCUUAGUAACAUAAUAGUGUAGACAAAAUAAAAUACUAAUAUUUUUCUCUACUAAUGACACAGGAGAAAAGCACACAUCAAGAGGCACAGAAAUCUGUUCUCUUCCCUUGAGAAGAAAAGGUUUAGACUCUUUCUUUUAAAACUUUUCCUUUGUUUGGAGGGCUAUUAUGUAUAUGCUUGUACUUGAAAAUUAAUCUUAUGUUAAAACAACUUUUAAUGGGGUAACAUCUAUGGGCAAAACGACAUUUAAUCCUGGGUUCAGGCGGUCUUGGCUGAAAAGAGCGUAAACCCAACUGAAAAUAGAAAGUACAUGAACUGUU